CUAAAUACAUCCCUUACUACAACAAGUACAUUACCAAGCUUGUUUGAUAGAGGUGGCGGAAAACUCACCUUAUGACUUUAAGGUCACAAGUUUGAACCCCACUACCUACUUGUGUUUGAGAGUAAUGAUUUUCUUAUAUACUCUACUUCACGAGCAUUGACAUGUAUAACUGAGUCGGCUGACCUGCAAGAAAUAUUGGUCUAGUACGAUUUUUUUUCUUACCAAGGAAUUUUCAGUGGAGACCCAACAAAAAAUACAAAUACAUUUUCCUUCUCAAAUCCCAUAGAUCAUAAAAAGAAAUUACUAAAAAACUAAUGUCAAAAAAAAAUCCAACUUCCCUCGUUGUUGUCUUGUUGACUGUCAUUGAUUUCCUAUGCAAUUCAUUAGACCCUUUUCACGUCAACUAGGCAGCUUCUCUUUCACAACCAAAACACAAGAAUUACUCAAAAAUUCAAUCUCUAGUGACGCCAUUAAAGAGCUUCAUGGUCACUUGAUUAGAACUGAAAAACACAAAGAUGCACAUUCAGUAUCUCUGGUUUUGCAUUCAUAUUCUCUCUCUUCAUCCACAUUACGUAAAGCCCAUAUUGUUUUUGAUGAAAUUCAACGACCCACAUUUUUGCUUUGGAACUAUAUGAUCAGGGGAUUGUCCAAAAGUGAUGAUCCCAUUAAAGCAAUUCACAUGUAUAAUGACAUGAAAAAUCAUGGGUUAUAUGGGAAUAAUUUGACUUAUAUAUUUGUUCUUAAGGCAUGUGGUCGUAUUUCAGAUGUUGUGCAGGGUAAAAAGAUUCAUGCUGAAGUGUUAACACUUGGGUUUGAUUCAUAUUUGUUUGUGUCAAAUGCAUUGAUACAUAUGUAUGGGUCAUCUGGAGAAAUGGGUUCUGCUCAGAAGGUGUUUGAUGAAAUGUCUGAGAGAGAUUUAGUUUCUUGGAACUCAUUGGUUUGUGGGUAUAGUCAGUGCAAUAUGUACAGGGAAGUUUUGGGUGUUUUCGAUGCGAUGCAGGUGGAAAAUGUGAUGGUGGAUGCUGUGACUAUGGUGAAAGUUAUCAUGGCUUGUAGUAUGUUGUCUGAGUGGAAUAUUGCUGAUUACAUGGUGGAUUACAUUGAAAAAAAUUGUGUUAAAAUAGAUGUUUAUUUGGGUAAUACUUUGAUUGAUAUGUAUGGAAAGCGCGGUUUGAUGGAAUUUGCUCAGGGAGUGUUUGAUAGGAUGAGUGAAAAGAAUACAGUCUCAUGGAAUUCCUUGAUGAUAGGUUAUGCAAAAAUUGGUAAUUUGAUUUCAGCGAGAAAGCUCUUUGAUGAAAUGCCAAAGAGGGAUGUGAUUUCUUGGACAUCAAUGAUUACUGGGUACUUACAAGCAGGCAAAUUUUCAGAUGCUGUGAAACAUUUUCAGAAUAUGAUGUUGAAUAAGAUUAAACCUGAUGAAAUUACUAUAUCUAGUGUGCUUUCUGCUUGUGCUCGUCUAGGUUUGCUUGAUAUGGGCAAGAAAAUUCAUGAGUACAUCAUUGAGCAUAACAUUAGAGUGGACAUUUAUGUUGGUAAUUCUUUAAUUGACUUGUACUGCAAAUGCGGGGAUGUUGAGAAGUCAUUGCAAGUGUUUCAUGAUAUGAGUGAGAAAGACAGUGUGACAUGGACUGCAGUCAUAACAGGGCUUGCAGUAAAUGGUAUUGCCAAUUCUGCUAUUCAGCUCUUUGAGGAGAUGUUAAACAAAAAUGUUAAGCCAACAAAUGGAACUUUUGUCGGGAUAUUGCUAGCUUGCUCGCAUGCUGGGUUGGUAGAUAAAGGGAUGGAAUAUUUCGAAAAUAUGCAGAAAAUUUAUAGAAUGACGCCACAAAUGAAACAUUAUGGCUGUGUCGUUGAUCUUUUGGGUCGUUCUGGUGAAUUGGAGAGGGCAUAUGAUUUGAUAAUUGAGAUGAAAACACCAUCUGAUGUUGUAUUAUGGAGGAUUUUGUUGAGUGCCUGCAGGCUCCAUGGAAAUGUUGGCUUAGCUGAGAUUGUUUCAAGCAAACUUCUUGAAGAAGAUGCUGGUAAUAGUGGGAACUAUGUACUUCUAUCGGAUGCAUAUGCAUGCGCAGAAAGAUGGGAUGCUGCUAUGAAGUACAGAGAGUUGAUGGAGGAAAAUCUUGUGCAAAAGCCAUCGGCCUGGAGUUCUAUAGAAGUAACCAGCUAGCAGAGUCCACUGUGGUUCUUAAUUAGGCCUCUAUACCCAGGAGAGUAACUAUCCGUGUAUACAUAUGAUCCUCAACAUUUCAUCUGGACCAAAAUCAUGAAACUAGCCAGCUGAAACACUUGAACACAUACCCCAAUACCCAUGUUGGACAAGAAUACGCUAAUCCGAGUACCAUAGCCAUGAGAAUCAUGAAAUUUAUUAGCUGACGGCUUCCUAGACCAAUGCAUUAUACGGUGUGCUAGGAGAACUUGUGGUGCUCCCAGUAUGAAGUGUGCAUGACAUGUGCGCCCAUGAAGGAUGACGUUUCUUUCAUGCCAUACCAAAAAACACCCAUAAUGGUGCUCCGGUCCGAAGUGUGCACGAAGGCACGUUGGCGUGUUAGUAUGCCACGUACACACGGGUGACACAUGACUGGCGAAAGCACUGUCUUAGAUACUCGCAAGCCAGGUGCAUGUAAUGAUUUGUUUCCGUGCUACCUUGCCUGAACUGGAGCAUAUAUAUGCUCAUUUUGUAUUGAGAUAUGUCAUUACUCAUUUAUAGUCAUUUGGUGCUUCACUUCUGUUGGUUAUAUAGCCUAUUCUUCAUAUUCA